GCUCUUUAUUUUCCCAUCUUUUUUUAGGUCUUUUUGUUUUCAUUGUUUUCCUUUGGGACCCUAUUUCCUUAUCCUCACCGCUCGCUUGUGCCUUUUGAGUAAGACCGCAUUCCACGCCUACGAGUCCCAUUUCCUUUAUAUAAGUUUCCUCCGUCCUCGCAUAGAAGUAGACAUCCUCCUGUCCACCAUCCACCCGCUGCUUUUCACAAGCACACGACUCGAUUAAUCCCAUCUAUCCAUCCAUCGUACGGAGCAAUCAGUUGAGCAGGAGAAGAGAGCCAGCAUGAAGUCGAUUCAAGUCCUCGCCGCCGUUCUCCUGACCUUCCUCCCGGUACUGGCUACUGCCCAAGCCAACUCCACAACAUCCGCCGCAGCGUCGACGAACGUCACUAGCGGCACAACCCUCCUUCCAACCUCUUCACCCGCAAAUACGACCGGAACGGGCAGCUCGAACACCAACUCUACGGCUCCGACAAAGACCAGCGGUUCCCAAAACUCCACCAUCACUUCCUCCCCGAGCAAUAACGGCACUACCACCGGCGGCAAGAACGGCACCACCACGGCUAAGCCUUCCACGGGGAGGAACAACAUCACGACUACCUUUGUCCGGAGUAACAGUGAUGGGUCAUUGACCACGGAGACGAGCGUCCUCGUCGUCGGGCCUGCUGAGACGGAAGGUGCGGGCAGCGGUGGUUCCGGUGGGGCUGGCGGAAGCGGAUCAUCCACAAGCGGUUCUGGAUCGCAGUCUACCGAUGCUGCCGGGCUGAACAGUGGUGUGGGAUCGCUACGUGCCGGGUCGGUGAUCGGGAGCGUAUUGCUGGCCGGGGGAAUCCUGGUCUUUGGCCAUCUUGUUUAGGGUAUGGGAUUGGUAGAUGGAUAGAAAAGGAGGGCAGUUGCAUCAAAUUUUUUUUCUUCUCGUCGAACAAAAAGAAAGGGAAAAUUGUCAUUGUGCUCUUUAUUUACUUGUGUUUCUUAAUCAUUCCACCUUUUCAUACGAUGGGAAUCCUCAUGAAAUUGUACAGUAGGGCAAGCAGAAGGAGGAAUUCGUGGGAUGGAUGGGUGGAUGGGUCAGUUUGGCGCUUUCAUUAGAAAAAGGAGAAGAGAUCGGGUCGGAAUAACGGGGCGGGGAGGUGGAAGAGGGUGUAACCCCCUUUUCUCCAAGUCGGCUUAAUCAUUAUUCGGGUGCAUUAUCAUCAUACCGGGUCUUUCAAUUUUUCAAUUUUUCUUAUCCUUUUUUUUUUCCUUCUAUUAUACCUCAUACUAAAUCUCUAUUGACUAUUA